AUGGCAGAUGCCGGAAACAAGUCGGACACUGGCUCGAACAACUUCGAAGUUGAAGACCAAACGGAAUUGAUGUAUACGGAGGAUACAAUAUGGACUGCAGUUUUUAGUGCUGAUAAGAAUGCGAUUGAAGCGUCAAUUCAAAAAGAUCCUGAUGUAAUCUACACGCGUGGUGCUGUUGGUGAAUGUCCUAUUCAUAUGUUGUUUUUAUGUGGAUCGGAUGCACAUCUGGAAAUUGCACGAGAUCUUAUUUUACGCUUUCCUGAAAUUACCACCCAAACUUACCAUAAACCGAUUUAUUAUGGUGAAAAUGUUCUUCAUAUUGCCAUUGUCAAACGAAAUGCUGAGAUGGUAGAAUGGUUACUCGGAACCGAAGAGCUCAAACCUUAUCGUCAAGAACUAUUGACAGCGAGAGCUACUGGUGAUUUCUUCAAAAUCGGACAACCGUCGUAUUACGCCGAAAGUCCACUGGGCUUUGCAUGUGGUACUAAUCAAUGGGAUAUAGCAGAAAUUUUGCUGAAGUAUGGUGCAGAUAUGAAUGUGGUCGAUAGUAAUCGAAAUAAUAUCUUGCAUAUGCUUGUCAUUUGUAAUCUUCCUGAAAUCUAUGCGAAAUUCAAAUCACGUUGGUUAGAAAAGAAGCUAUCUAUUGGAAUUUAUGACGCAUUUAAGAACAAAGGAAAGAAAUCGAAAGCGGUGAAACAACAAACGAAUCUAUGGAAUCGUCUGAACAAUGAUAAUUUAACGCCAUUAACUUUAGCGGCUGACCUAAGUCGAACGCACAUGUUGUCAUGGCUACUUAAUGAGCGUAAAAUUGUACAAUGGUCGUACGGAGACGUUUCAUGUGUUCUCCAUCCACUUGAUCAACUUGAUGUUGAUUUUCAAGAUGACACUGCUCAUCAACCGUUGAGUGUCUUGGAUGUUAUCAUAAAAAACAAUGAUACGGAAUUAGUUCACCCCAUUAUUACAUCUUUGAUCGAUAAGAAAUGGAAACAUUUUGUACAUCGUGUACUCGUCCGACGAUUUGCAAUCACAUUCACCUAUCUGAUGAUAUUCCUUGUAACGACAAUUUUAGAACAAACCCGUCCAGAAAAGUCAGAAGAUGACGAUGGUAAUGAUGAAAAAGUCGAAAUUCUCGAUGAACACUCUGAUUUAAUACGAAUAUCAUUGUGUGCCGUUGGUCGUCUUAUUGUCAUAUCAGGUGCUCUUCUCAAAGCGGGACGUGAGAUUCGAGAAAUGACUACGUUAGGCUUACGCAACUAUCUAAAUAGCACUGGCUCAAUUUUUCUAGAAAACUGCCUAGCCUCCUCAUUUUGCGUUUGUAUUCUUAUCGUUCAAGUUCUUCGAUUAUUCGAUAUGCAGAAUGACGCUGUUAUUCUUGCUUUUGCAUCUCUGUUGGGCUGGGGUUACAUGUUUUUUUUUAUUAUGCCAUUUCGAUUUACGGGUCCAUUUGUAAUCAUGAUCUAUAAAAUGUUAUUCAAUGAUGUUCUACGGUUCUGUAUGAUCUAUACAAUAUUUCUCGCUGGGUUUUCGCAAUCAUUCUUUAUUCUCUUUAAUGAAAAUGGUUUUCGAGGAUAUAUGGUCACUAUCAAACAAUGUUUUCUAGGUUUAUUAGGCGAUUUUGACCUAGAUUAUUACAUCGAAGGCACACAUCCAUUCAUCAGUGUAUCAUUUCUGAUCUUUUACGUUGUUGUUGUUACAAUUCUAUUAUUAAAUUUACUUAUUGCAAUGAUGGGUGAUACAUAUGCUGAUGUAAAGAAAAGUGCGAAGAAACUCUGGCAUUUGGAACGAGCACGUAUUGCAGUGGAUGUUGAGCAUGGAAUGUCAACGGCUGAACGUAAAAUAAAAGCUCAUAAAUACUGGGUUGAUGUUCAAGGUGAACGUUAUUUACAAGUCGAACAAGUGAACAAUAUUCUUUUCGAAGCGAAAGACGACGCCGUGGAAGAUGAUUGA